AUGCCUCUUCAAUUCCCCAUCAUUUACUUAUUGCCUACCCACAUCGACCCUGACAUGUUGCCGGAGUGGGAAAGUAAAAUACCUACCUUGACUUACGAUAUCAACGAGGCAGAUGUCAUACUCGGGAAGAUAUCUAAUAGAGAGAGGGCUGAAUUUGAAUUAAGGCGUAGAAAGAUUAUAACAGAAUAUAUUCCCUCAGCAUCGCCUGGUUCAAAAAGCCUAGCAGAAAAUCGUUGUCCGUCACUAAAACGUAGGAAACUAUCGAAUUCAUCAUAUCCGAAAUUCGCAGAUAGUCCAGAACAAACGAGUAUUUCCGACAGACAUGAGGUCCUCGGUAACGGCUCGGGAAUUCGUGACCCGGCUGGCCAGAAAAGCCACGGGCUGAGUAGCAUAGGCACGGAAGAUAAUAAAUCCAUUAUCAAAGUUGUCAGAUUGGCCUGGUUCGUCGACUGUCUGGCUCAAGAGUCUAUCCUUCCAAUGGAUGAGUAUCUGAUAUAUCAGGGCCGUAAGACGCGAGAUAUAGCAAAGUCUCCCCAAAAUCCCAAUGAUAUCUUCCAACGCGCAACGUAUGAAGGCGGGAACGGCCGACCAUCUUCAAAAGGGGAGUCGUCACAACAUUCACCGACCAUAUGUAGUGUGAAACACCCUGCCCUAAUUCAGGGGUCGACGUCCGAACAUAAACACCGAUCGCCAACACCCCCAAUUCCCGACUACCUACACACACCUUACUCUUGCCAACGUCCAACUCCCUUCAACCCACCCAACAAGUCCUUCAUUGGAGAGCUGUAUAAGGUUCGAACGCUCAGACAACUCAAGAAUGACGAAAUAGGCAUCAGAGCCUACUCCACAAGUAUUGCCUCUCUAUCAGCUUACCCCUAUCUCAUUUCUAAGCCCAGUGAAGUCGCCAGGCUUCCUGGAUGCAGUGAUAAGAUUGCCGAGCUAUAUCGGCAAUGGAAAUCAAACGGCUGUCUGGAAGAGGCUGAAGACGCCAAGGCAGACCCGAAGAUGUCCGUGCUACAAGAAUUCUACGGAAUAUGGGGCGUUGCAGCGACGACCUCACAGGAAUUUUAUAAGAAAGGGUGGCGGGAUCGUGACGACAUCGUUGAAAACGGCUGGGAUGGCCUUACACGGGUCCAACAGAUUGGUCUCAAGUAUUACGAUGAGUUACAGGAGAAGAUCUCAUGCCCCGAAGCCGAGGAAAUCGGACGGGCCAUUCUAAUCCACACGAAUAAGCUUCGCAAAGGCUUUCAAAUGGUUAUCGGCGGCGGCUACCGGAGAGGCAAGACAGAAAGUGGCGAUGUUGAUGUGAUUCUCAGUCACCCAGAAGGGUCCGCCACAUCGAAUUUCAUAGUAAAGCUUGUUAAUAGUUUGGAGUCGGGAAGAUAUAUCACUCAUACGCUAAUCGUGAGCACGAAGAAUAGCGAGCGAGGGCAAACUCCGGUGCCAUGGAAGGGACAGGGCCGCAAAGCAGGCACCGGUUUCGAUACGCUUGAUAAGGCGCUUGUGGUAUGGCAGAAUCCUGACUGGGAUAAGAAAGUGUCGUCAAAUAACCCAAACCCGCACCGGAGAGUCGACAUCAUCAUCAGUCCCUGGGUCACGGUGGGUUGUGCGGUUAUUGGUUGGACUGGUGGUAUUACAUUUGAAAGGGACCUGAGGAGAUAUUGCAAGCGUGAGAAGAGCCUAAAGUUCGAUAGUAGUGGUGUUCGUAGUCGGAUAGACGGCAGUUGGGUAGAUCUCGAGAGUGAUGCCAACGGUCCGGCCCCAGAUAUGCUAACAGCAGAAAGGAGAGUCUUUAAGCGGUUAGGCUUAGAAUGGCGCCCGCCGGAAGAGAGGUGUACGGGAUGA